CAUAAUAUCCUUUGUUUUUUGUUUGUUGAUAACUCAAUAAACUCUUAUCAAACAAUAAAUAAAUUUAAAAAAUUUUAAUUCUAUUUUCAAUAGAAAAAUGAUAGCUCACUUAAGUACGCGAUUAAAUUCAUAAUCAAACAUUAUAUCAUCAUCAUUAGUUGUCGAUACAAUACAGUGACAAAAAAAAAUGAAAAGGUUAGGUGACCCAGUGCUAGUGUCUAAGAUUCAAGAGUUUUUCGGCGUCGAAAGGAUCGUUUUUAACGCGAAAAACCGGGAAGAAAAUGCAGAUAAAACUGUUCCUAAGCAAUACGUGAUCAAAAACAAACUGUGGUAUUAUUUGUUUGUUUUCGGAACGGCUUUGGGCGACGAAUUGUUUUACACAACCUUUAUUCCUUUUUGGUUUUGGAAUGUCGACGGUUUUGUGGGAAGGCGAGUGGUUCUGGUGUUGGGACUUGUUAUGUAUAUUGGUCAAGCUUUCAAGGAUAUAAUCCGUUGGCCGCGUCCGGGCGCGCCCGUCAUCCAACUCCAGGAAAAAUGGGCCCUGGAAUACGGGUUUCCGUCCACCCACGCUAUGGUGGGAGUCUCGAUACCAUUUUCGGUUGUUUUAUUCACCAUGAAUCGGUACGAGUACGAUAUAAGUUGGGGUCUUGCCAUAGCCUUCCUUUGGUGCACUGUAGUGUGCAUGAGUCGACUUUAUUUGGGAAUGCAUAGCGUUUUGGAUAUCGUAGCUGGUCUAUUGUUAGCCAUCACUCUUAUGGCCCUGUUAGUACCACUAAGUGACCAUUUGGAUAAUUUCUUAUUGACAGAUCCGACUUCGCCGUUCCUGCUGCUUACUUCGUCCAUAUUGAUGAUUGUUUAUUAUCCGAAUAGCGGUAAAUGGACGCCUACAAGAGGUGACACCACAAUGAUCCUCUCAGUUUGCGUCGGCGUUUUGAUCGGAGCCUGGCUCAACUACCAAACCGGUCAAAUGACCAGUUCCGAUCUCUCCCUGCCCUACAUCAUCAUGUGGCCGUCGUGGACCAUGUUCGGCUGCCUCCUACUCAGAACUCUCAUCGGAUUCGCCCUUGUCUUACUAACCCGGCAACUAUGCAAAAGCCUUUCAUACAGUUUCAUUUGCGCGCUACUCAAAGAAGACGAAACCAAAUUGAAAAAGUCGGAGAACACUUUGCAAAACAAACACAAGACUAUUGUGGAUUUGGGUUGCAAGUAUGUCACUUGCGGUAUGAUUGGUUUUAAUUUGGUUUAUUUGAUUCCGCUCCUGUUUCGGUUGUUGAAAAUCGAAAGGCCGACGUUUUUUACUGAACUAUGAUGAUUUUUUGCUGGUUUUUAAUCACAAGGUAAUUUUUUUUGAAAUGUUUCAGUUGAUGAAGCAGCAAUUUAUGUUUUUCUAAAAAGCACAACAUAUUCUUAUGUUGGUUUAAAUUAUUGUUGUUAUUAAUCAGAGCUAAUAAUGUGAUACAUACCUAUUUAAAUAAUUAUGUAAUUUUUUUCCAAAACUACAUAAUUUUGCGUCAUUGAUUUCAAUCCGAUCUUAACGCAAUUAUAGGCUCAAAUUGAAGUCAAGUCAAGUUUGCAAUCUGAAUCGUCAUUUUCUCCUCCCUAUUGCGCAAUUUCAAUCCAAUUUUUCCAUGAUUUUUCUCACAUUUUGCCUGAUAAACUAAAAUUAAGCUAAUUUAAUUCUCUAAAAAUUUCCAAUUUUAAUGCAGCUUGAAAAUUAAAAAUAGUCGCUGGUAACAUGGAUGCACAUUUUGCUCUAUAACUCUAUUAAUUUCAAUCCGAUUUCAACGUAAUUAGAUUAAAAUUGAAGCCGAUAUAAUUGUUCACAAAUGUGUAGUUUUUAAUUUCAAUAGAGCUUUAUUAGUUUCGUGAAUGCCCAGCUUUUAAGUCUCUAAGAAAUAGUUCUUAUUAAAAAUUAACUAAUCGAGUAUCCAAUAUAAAAUUUAUUUAGGAUGUUUUCCGAAAUUUCACUGCCGUGUUAUGUAAGUAUUAGGAGUUGCAAUUUUUACAUAGUUUGUUUAGAAUAAUUAAUAAAUACUGAUGAAAUUUGUUUUAAAUAUUACCUAGUUGAUUCAUUUUCU